CUCCACCCUCAGGAAAGCUGAGGCCGGACGUGCAGCUGGUUCCAGGUUUGCAGACGAAGGGUGGUGGUGAGCUGUGUUCAGGCAAAUGCAAGCAGCUACCAGGAGCAUAUCGACUUUGGAGCCAAACGCUCUCCGGUACCUCUGCUCUGCACCUCCAGGUCCACCCAAGGGUGCCUGGUAGGGUAGGCCACAGGCUGUGUGUGGCUUGACAAGGUGACGGGCAUUAGGAACACACCUUUAGGGGAAUCUCAACACUGGAGGUAAGGAGCCCUUGCCAUCUCAGAGGGCAGCUAUGGGGAACUACAGGGGUCUGGGCACCCUGAUUGCCUGCCUGUUCCUCCUGUGCCCGCUGCCCUCACCAGCAUGCCCAGCUGCCUGUCAUUGCUCUGCGACGGAGGUGGACUGCACCAAACAAGACUUGCACGAGGUGCCACAGAACCUAUCGGCCAAUACCAGCACUCUGUGGCUUGGCUACAACUUCAUCACUGUGCUCCGGCCACACUCCUUCCCCUUCCUGCCGGUGCUGCUGCGACUUAGCCUGCCUCACAACCAUCUGGGGAUGAUCCACAGCCAGGCCCUGGUGGGGCUCACAGUACUGCAGGAGCUGGACCUCAGCAACAACUACCUUACUGUGCUGACCUCAGAAGCCUUCCUACCUCUCAUCAGCUUGGUCAUGCUCAACCUGGGCAGCAACAGGCUGGGGGAGCUGGAGCCCAGGGUGCUGUACGUCCUGCCUCAACUCCAAGUGCUCCUCCUACACAGCAACCCCUGGGUAUGCACCUGCAGCAUCCAGCCCCUCUGGCACUGGCUCAGCCACAACAGGGAAAAAAUAAAAGAGAAGAGUCUGCUCUUGUGCAGAUUCCCAGAGCAGCUGAACAAGUAUCCAAUCAUGGCCUUCAGGAAUGAGUCCUUCAGGCAAUGCCAAGAGAACUCACUGCUUGCCCAGGACUACGCCUUUUUUCUGCUCAUUGGACCAUUCUCUUUCUUGGCCAGCAUCUUCCUUUGCAUCUUCAUGGGCUCCAUCACUGUUGUCUGCCACAACCUGCGCAAAGAAUCCUACUUCUGGAGGAGACUAACUUUCUGCAGGGUGCACUGAGGCAAGGCAAGCAGGUCCUUGGUAGGCUGCAGUCCAUAUCCUUCACAGAUGCCUACACCCAGCCAUUGUAAAUGUUUCCAGCUGAACCAGUGAGAGGACAUUCUAUUCCUGGAAUUUGUUUUCUUUCCUUCUCCUACUGUCCCCAGAGUUAGUGCCA